AUGAAGGCUGAGACAUCAGGAAAAAUCACAACCUCACAGAGGGCAGACAGCGGGGGAAGCACAGCAUCACUACCCUCAACAACCUCCCAGACCCUUACCACCUCCACUCCUGGGACUUCUACAGGUGUUCUCCUCUUCCCCUACAGGCCAAGUGCUGGAGACCGGGAGUUCGUCAGGAGGACUAUGGACUUCACCUCACCACUCUUCAAGCCCCAUAUCGGCUUCCCCCUUGGCUCCUUUCUCUUGGAUUCCCUCUACGUGAGAACCUUUGUGCAAAUCAUUUUCCCGAAGUCAGACUACCAGAUUUUCUCCUAUCCCAACCCUCCCCUUAAAGGCUUUUCAGGCUGGGACUCUGUGGCCAUGGUGGCUCCAUUCUGGGAUGAUGUUGAUUUCUCCAGUAGCCAGGGAACCAUGUUUUACCAGGAAUAUGAGACUCUCUAUGAUGACUACAACACACUAGUGCAGAAGGUGGAGUCUUCAAUUAAUAUGUUAACAAAGACCGGAAACUACAAAGCCAGGUGGAUGCUAAAGAUCACGUGGGUUCAUGUCCCUGCCUAUCCUGCCUGGGUGACCAUCGGGACCAACACCUACCAGGCCAUCCUUUCCACAGACGGGAGCAGGUCCUAUGCCCUAUUUCUCUACCAAAGUGGUGGUAUGCGGUGGAAUGUGACCGGGCGACCGGGCAACCCUGUGCUGAUAGGCUUUUCCAGUGGAGAUGGGUAUUUCAAAAACGGCCAAUUGACAUUCCAUCCAGUAUGGGAGAAGUAUCGUCCAGACCAAUUCCUGGAUUCCAACACAGGCCUCCAGGGGCUAUGGAUCUACGAGCUGUACAGAGAAGUAAAGCCCAAUUACCGUUUCCGGUGUCUGCAGUGGUUGAAGAGAGAGCCUCAGUGGCCCAGCUGGGGCUGGAACCAGAUCUCCUGCCCUUGCUCCUGGAACCAGGGAGUAUUGGAUUUAAGAUUCCAGUCCAUCAGCAGAGGCAUCCCAGGCCUGAGACUGUCUGGGCUUGUUGCAGGCAGCAGGCAGCUGUGCAGCUCCUCCUCCUGUCGUGGGGGCGUGUGCUGCCGUUAAGGACCCUGGGGAGAGCUGCUCCAAGGCUGGAGAGUGCAGAGUCCUUGGCAACUUGACCAAGAACUGGAGCUGCAAAACUGGUGUUGCCAUUUCAACAGCAAGUCCUCCUUCUGCGCGCUGUACCAGCUAAGGCGGCCCCCCGUCAGCUGCGCUGGGUACCAGCCCUCAAGUCUCGCCUGGAUGGUUGGGGACCCCCACAUCACCACCUUGGAUGGUGUCAAUUACACCUUCAAUGGGCUGGGAGACUUCCUGCUGGUCCGGACCCAGGACAGAAACUCUUCCUUCCUGCUGCAGGGCCGCACUGCCCAGACCCGCUCAGCAAAUGCCACCAAUUUCAUUGGCUUUGCUGCUGACUACCGCUCCAGCAGCCUGCACCCUAUCACAGUUCAAUGGCUCCUUAAGCCCAAUAACACAAUCCAUGUUCAGCUCAAUAACCAGACUAAUGGUGAAGAUGCAAAAGACCAGGAGAUCUUCAACAGCUCUGGAGUCAUAAUGACCCACUACGGCUCCAUGGUAUCAGCCAGUUUCAAUGGUGCUGUGGCCGUCUCUGUGCUCGCUAGCUCCAACAUCCUCCACAUCUGCGACCUUUCGAAGGGGUAUCAGAACCACACUGAGGGCCUCAUGGGCUUCUGGAACGGCAACCCAGAUGACGACUUCAGGAUGCCCAAUGGCUCCACCAUACCGAAAAGGAGCUCCGAGGAGAUGCUUUUUCACUAUGGAAUGACCUGGAAAAUCAAUGGAACAAGCCUUUUUGGCAAGAGGGACGACAAUUUGCCUUCCAGCUUCACUCCUGUCUUCCUUUCACAACUGCUGCAAAACACAUCCUUGAAUAAAAAUUUGACCUCUUCUUGUCAUGGAGAUGAUCAAUGCAUCUUCAAUGUCCUGGCCACAGGAAGUGAAAACCUCGGAAAUGACACUAGGGAGAUAUUUAGACUCUACCAGCAGAUGAACACUACCCUGAAUCAGUACCCACCCUCUAUCAAGGGUCCUGAUGUGAUAAAAGCCUACAUGGGACAGACCACAGUGGUUAAUUACACCAGCAAUGCUAAGGACAUCACAUUCACCCUCAGAGAAAACUGCACGGACUUCAAGCUCUUUGAGAACGGGACAUUGCUAUGGACACCAAAGCUGCUGGAACCAUUUACUCUGGAGAUUCUAGCAAGCAGUGCCCAGGGAAGCUUGUCAUCUGUACUCAAGCCAAGGACAGUGGUCUGUGAGUGCAAGGCAGAGAGCCAGUGUUUGUACAACCAGACCAGCUGGAUGAGCAACUCUUCCCUGGAGGCAGCGGACUGCAAGUGCGAUGGCAAUACCUUCGGCCGCUACUGCAACUACUCCAAGGACCCCUGUGAUGAGCAGUGCUUCCCGAAUGUGAAGUGCAUUUCUGGAAAGGGCUGCGAGGCCUGCCCCCCAAACCUGACUGGGGAUGGACGUCACUGUGCAUCUCUGGAGAAACCCUUCCUCUGUCAGAACGAGUCCUGCCCUGAGAACUACUGCUACAACAACGGCCUGUGCUCUGUCUCCCACACUCUGGGCUGCCAGCCCGUCUGCACCUGCCCCGCGGCCUUCACCGACGCCUGCUGCUUCCUGGCUGGGAACAAAUUCACUCCAACCGUCCAUCGAGAGCUUCCUUUAAGGAUCAUCCAGCUCUCACUCAUUGAAGACGAAAAUGCCUCCCAAGCAGAUGUCAACGCCUCGGUGGCCUAUAGACUGAAGAACCUGGAAGUGUGGGCCUUUCUCUGGAACAGACAAGUGGAUCAAACUAAACCCUCAACAGCACCAGCCUCAGGAAGCUCCCUCCACCACUGGAACGUCAUCUCUGAGUUCCAGUACCACCCUAAGGGCCCUGUCAUUGACUUCCUGAACAACCGGCUGCUGGACGCGGUGGUGAAGAUGUUCUUACCCCCGGCUCCCCAGAUGAGGGGGAAGAGAAGUGGCGGGCCCAGGAACAACGUGGCCUUCCACUCCAUCUCCAGGAAGGACGUGUACAGUGUGAUGACUCUGAAUGUGAGCAUGCUGGCAACAUACUUCCAAUGCAAUGGCUACAAGGACUACCACCUGGUCUACAGCCCCCAGGAUGGCUUCACCUGCGUGUCCCCCUGCAGUCAGGGCUACUGUAAGCACGGAAGCCAGUGCCAGCACCUGCCGGACGGGCCCCGCUGCAGCUGUGUGCCCUCCUCCAUCUACACGCCCUGGGGCAAGCGCUGUGAGCAACUGAGCAUAAAAUUCCGAGCCUUCUUCGGGAUCCUCUUCGGGACCCUGGGCGCCGUCUUGCUGCUGGGGGUCGCGGUGUUUGUGGUCCUGCGCUUUUGGGGCCGCUCCUGAGCCGGUUUCUCCUACCCACUGGACUCCGAGAGCUGA